AAUAUUAGAAACAUAUAUGUAAAGGAACAAAAAAUUAAAAAAUGCCCCCAGCUUGGUAGGGCAUCCACAAGACACGAUUCCAAAUUUGGUUCAUCAUUUUGCUAUUACACUACGAAAGAUCAUCACGGUGUAAUCUUUAAUGCUGGAGGGGUUGGAUUCCUUAGUGGGUUCCAAUCUCAAAGGGGAUUUUUCCCAGUAAGAUCGAUGAAUUUGGCGCCUAAUGGCUCCGGUGGUGGUGUAGUAGCUCUUAGAGAAAGAUUGAGUUUGGCAAGAAGUUUAGGUUUGGGAUUUAAGCUAGCUGGUUGUGUUGAAGGAAACUGCUUCGGGUCAAAAAAGGAGAUGAUGAUUCAACGCCGUCGAUUUGGACAGGAUGUUGAGUAUGAUCCUGGCAGGGACAGAAAUUACCUUGCAAGGCUCUAGGUUGCAGACAGGAAGAUGAAGAAUUCUAUAAGGAGAAGAGGAAGGAAAAUGGCUAAACGUGGGCAUCAUUAUGAUAGUCAAUCAUCAUACCUCAAUUCGAUGGACAGAUUGUUUUCAGGUGCAUCUGUUGCUGAAGAAAAUUCGAAUUCUUUUCCAAAGAGUAAAAGGGUUCUGAAGCAGCCUCUAAGUCAAUCUAUUACAGGUUAUCUAGAGCCUGAAUCUCCAGAAGAGGCCCAUGUAGCACCUCUUCUUGCUAGAUCAAAUUUGCUGAUUACUAAAGAUAUUGAGUGGGCAAAUCUUGUUCUCGUUUCUGAGCAGGAAAACCUGUAUGCAAUUGUAGCUGUGUGCUACCCUGAGUCACCUGUAGGUUUUAUUCAUGGGCAGAGCAAUGUCAUAGCUAGACAGUUGCUUCGUCUAAGGAGCCCUUUUGUUGCUUUCAUAACUGAUGGCAUGGGCAAUGAGGUUUUCAGGGUUUGCAGACCUUUCUGGUGGAUAACCAGUUCAAUAUAUGCAGAGAUCAAUGGUAAGGAAGUUGGUGUGGUUCACAAACGAUGGCAUCUUUGGAGGAGGAUUUAUGAUUUGUAUUGCGGGAAUAAGCAGUUUGCAGUGGUCGAAAAUCCUGGUUUUUGGAAUUGGACUUUUACUUUGAAGGACAUUGAUGGGAAUGUGCUGGCUGAGAUAGAUCGUGACUGGAGAGGUUUUUGCUUUGAGAUAUUUACUGAUGCUGGUCAAUCCAUGAUUCGAUUUGGGAGUUCAGAUUCAAGCUCCAAAACUGGCCCUGCUAGAGAGAUUGAAGAGUUGGAGGUUGCUCGUCCAUUGAUUCUAUCAGAGAGAGCUGUUUGUGUUGCUCUUGCUCUAUCACUGGACAAUGACUAUUUCUCAAGGCAUGGUGGCUGGUAAGCUUUAAGAAUUUCUUGUGAGAUGGGGGCUAGCAGACAUGUUUCUUUGGGAGGAUCAUUGUUAUUUGAAACAUCUUUGUAUAUGACCAUUAAAAAUCGAAGCGAAAUAACUGCUUGUGCUGGAAAUGAAGAUUGCUGUUACCAGUACAUAAAGAUGCUGGUUGUGUCUGACCUCCAGUUUCUAAUUCCGAGAGAGAUUGUUGAGCAUUAACAUUGUUCUCUUCUUUUUUUAUUUUUUUAUUUUUAUUUUAUUUUUAAUUUUUUUAUUCGGAGAGAGACUGUUGAAAUGAGCAUUAAAAUUUGUAUCCUGGAAGUCCUUAACAUGUGAAAUUUUACUGGUUAUGACACACUGGUUGUCAUGUAGAUACGAUCUUUUUGUGAUUAGUCUUCAUCCUUAACAAUGAAAACGUUAUUAUAUCU